AUUAUCUACUUUCUCUGGUGAUCAUACAGAAGAAUUUGAUGGCUUCUUUCACUAUUUCCCCUGCUUCACUGGUUGGGAAGAAGAAGGUUUUGUUCAUAAUGGGUGCAACUGGAACAGGUAAGACCAAACUCUCCAUCAAUUUGGCCAUGCAAUUUCCCUCUGAAAUCAUCAACUCUGACAAAAUCCAAGUCUACAAGGGUCUCGACAUCAUCACCAACAAGGUUUCUGAGUCUGAACGUUAUGGCAUUCCCCAUCACCUUCUUGCCAUCAUCGACGAUCCUGAUUAUGACUUCACCGUUGAUGACUUCUGCAACCAUGUCCUUCUCGCUCUUGAUACCAUCAUUCAAAAUGGACACCUACCCAUUAUCGUGGGUGGCUCAAACACUUACCUCGCAGCCAUGCUCGAGGAUCCUAACAUUGGUUUUCGUUCUAAAUAUGAUUGUUGUUUCAUCUGGGUCGACGUGUCUUUACCAGUGUUGUUUCCGUAUCUGGACAAAAGGGUGGACGAAAUGGUUGAUGCAGGAGUUGUGGAUGAGAUUCGAGAAGCUUUUGUUGCUGGAGCAGAUUGCAGCCGUGGGAUUAGAAGAGCCAUUGGGGUUCCUGAGCUUGGAGAGUUUUUCCUUGUGGAGAAGGAAAUAGACGACGAAACUCAGAAGGAGAAGAUGCUGCAACAUGCUAUUAUGAAAACCAAAGAGAACACUCGUAAGUUGGCUGAGAAACAACUCUCGAAGAUCCGAAAGAUGAACCAUGAAUUGAAAAUGUUUAGGUUUGAUUCCACACAAGUUUUUGAGGCUGUUCUAAAAGGAGUGGAUUAUAAGCAAUUGUACGCAGAGCUUGUGUUCAUACCAAGCAUAGAGAUAGUUAAACAAUUUCUUGAGGAGACAACUGCUGUGAAAAAGACAUCAUCUCAAAAUGCUGAACAAGUCCCGAUUUGUGUUUAACGAAAUAAGUGAUUUGAUUAAGGAUCAUGUUAAUGGAGUUAGUAAUGAAUAAUAAAAGAAAAAAAUAUAGAGGCAAAAUUAUAUUAGAUGGUAGGUAGGUGAAAGAUAAAUUAUGAUGUUUAGGGUUUGCUUUUAUAUUUUUUUUUUCUCCUUACAGA